UUGUGACUCAUUGUGUCUGUGUCGAGGCGUCGGGAGGGCCUAGGUCCGUGUGCAGCGCCGUUCUGCCGGCCUGAGCCCCAGAGUCAGCUCCCCUUUCUCGCCCAGCGCCCCCAGGCUGCUCCCGGGGCUCACGGAACAAUACCGAAACGUAUCAGAAAACAUCUAGAACAGAAAGGAGAGCACAGACCCUGUUUGGAUCAAGUCAGCUCCCUGAGCCUGAAUGAUGACUGCAGAAUCCAGGGAAGCCACAGGUCUGUCCCCCCAGGCUGCCCAGGAGAAGGAUGGUAUCGUAAUAGUGAAGGUAGAAGAGGACGAUGAAGAAGACCACAUGUGGGGGCAGGAUUCCAGCCUGCAGGAGACGCCGCCUCCCGACCCAGAGAUUUUCCGCCAACGUUUCAGGCACUUCUGUUACCAGAACACUUUUGGGCCUCGAGAGGCUCUGAGUCGACUGAAGGAACUUUGUCACCAGUGGCUCCGACCAGAGAUAAACACUAAGGAGCAGAUCCUGGAGCUGCUGGUACUGGAGCAGUUCCUCUCCAUCCUGCCCAAGGAGCUCCAAGUCUGGCUGCAGGAAUACCGUCCUGAUAGUGGGGAGGAGGCCGUGACCCUUCUGGAAGAUUUAGAGCUUGAUUUGUCAGGACAGCAGGUCCCAGGUCAAGUUCAUGGGCCUGAGAUGCUUGCCAGGGGGAUGGUGCCUCUGGAUCCAAUGCAGGAGUCCUCAAGCUUUGACCUUCAUCAUGAGGCCACCCAGUCCCAUUUCAAGCAUUCAUCUCGGAAGCCUCGCCUCUUGCAGUCACGGGCUCUCCCUGCCACCCACGUUCCUGCCCCUCAUCACGAGGGGAGUCCCAGAGACCAGGCGAUGGCAUCUGCACUAUUCACAGCAGAUUCCCAGGCAAUGGUGAAGAUCGAGGACAUGGCCGUGUCCCUCAUCCUGGAGGAAUGGGGAUGUCAGAACCUGGCUCGGAGGAAUCUCAAUAGGGACAACAGGCAGGAGAAUUAUGGGAACGUGUUUUCCCAGGGUUGUGAAAACAGGAAUGAGAACGAGGAGUCAGCCUCAAAGGCUGAAAACGCAGAAGACUCAGCAUCGCGUGGGGAGACAACAGGAAGAUUCCAGAAAGAUUUUGCAGAGAAACGUGAACAGCAGGGCAGAAUAGUAGAAAGGCAGCAAAGAAACCCUGAGGAAAAAACCGGAAGAGAAAAAAGAGAUUCGGGGCCAGCUACAGUCAAGGAAAAAAAACCCACCACGGGAGAGAGAGGUCCAAGGGAGAAGGGUAAAGGAUUGGGAAGAAGCUUUAGUCUGAGUUCAAACUUUAACACCCCCGAAGAGGUGCCGACGGGAACGAAGUCCCACAGAUGUGAUGAAUGUGGAAAAUGCUUCACGAGGAGUUCAAGCCUUAUUCGCCAUAAAAUAAUCCACACUGGAGAAAAGCCCUAUGAAUGUAGUGAGUGUGGGAAAGCCUUCAGUCUUAACUCAAACCUUGUCCUGCAUCAGAGAAUCCACACCGGAGAGAAGCCUCAUGAAUGUAACGAGUGUGGCAAAGCCUUCAGUCACAGUUCAAAUCUCAUUCUCCAUCAGCGGAUCCACUCUGGAGAGAAACCUUAUGAAUGUAAUGAGUGUGGGAAGGCCUUCAGCCAGAGCUCAGACCUUACUAAACAUCAGCGGAUCCACACGGGGGAGAAACCCUAUGAAUGUAGUGAGUGCGGAAAAGCUUUCAACCGAAACUCAUACCUUAUCUUGCACCGGAGAAUUCACACACGAGAAAAGCCGUACAAAUGCACCAAGUGCGGCAAGGCCUUCACCCGGAGCUCGACCCUCACUCUGCACCACAGAAUCCACACGAGAGAGCGAGCCCCCGAGUACAGCCCCGCCUCCCUUGAUGCCUUUGGAGCAUUCCUGAAAAGCUGUGUGCGUGUAGCCCUAAAGAUCCAGAAACCCAAAGGAACCACUAUUCCUGCUCCACAUAGUCCCAUCCGUAGUGAGGCUGUUUCUGGAAUCUGUGUGAUGACCAAGGUUUUAGGCAUGGCUGCAGUUCGGGUUCCUCGGCCUCCACGGGAGAGGGGGCCUGUGGUGGUUAAAGAUGAGGAAGAGGAAGGGAAGUGCCUUCCUAGCCUGGAGGUGUUCCGCCAGCGCUUCCGGCAGUUUGGGUACCAUGACACACCUGGCCCCCGGGAGGCCCUGAGCCAGCUCCGGGUGCUCUGCUGUGAGUGGCUGAGGCCUGAGAUCCACACCAAGGAGCAGAUCCUGGAGCUGCUGGUGCUGGAGCAGUUCCUGAGCAUCCUGCCCCAGGAGCUCCAGGCCUGGGUGCAGGAGCACUGCCCGGAGAGCGCUGAAGAGGCCGUCACUCUCCUAGAAGAUCUGGAGCGAGAACUGGACGAGCCAGGGCAGCAGGCCUCACCGCCUCCAAAUGAGCAGAAACAGAUGUGGGAGAAGAGGUCCUCUUCAGGAACGGCAAAGUUUCCAAGCAGUGUGCAGCCCCAGUCUGUGGAGACCAGUCACAGAUGCGAAGCUUGGGAGCCCUUGUACAUUCAGGAGACUGGGGAAGAGCAGGAUUUCACUCCAGAGCUGAAACAGAGUCAAGAUCAUAAAUCGAACACCCAGAAUGAGGAAUCAACAGAGAAGCAGAAAAGUUCUGAAGAAUCUCAAGAAUUCAAAAGGGAUAUUAUUCCUGUGAUUAUUGCCAGUAAAUGUGAGUCCAGGUUAGAAAGGCAGUGGGUAAACCUUGAAAAGGAAAGAGGAACAAAAACUCCUCUCCUAGACAAAGGUUCUAAGAAAGGCAGAGAAUUGAUUCCCGCUAAACCUACCCCAGGAGAGAGGCGUUACAUUUGUGCAGAGUGUGGAAAGGCCUUUAGUAAUAGCUCAAAUCUUACUAAACACCGGAGAACACACACUGGGGAGAAACCAUAUGUGUGCACCAAAUGUGGGAAAGCUUUCAGCCACAGUUCAAACCUCACCCUUCAUUACAGAACACACUUGGUGGACCGGCCCUAUGACUGUAAGUGUGGGAAAGCCUUUGGUCAGAGCUCAGACCUCCUUAAACAUCAGCGAAUGCACACUGAAGAGGCACCAUAUCAGUGUAAAGAUUGUGGGAAAGCUUUCAGUGGUAAAGGCAGCCUCAUUCGACACUACCGGAUACACACUGGGGAGAAACCUUACCAGUGUAACGAGUGCGGGAAGAGCUUUAGUCAGCACGCGGGUCUUAGUUCACACCAGAGACUCCACACUGGAGAGAAGCCAUAUAAAUGUAAGGAGUGUGGGAAAGCCUUCAACCACAGCUCAAAUUUUAAUAAACAUCAUAGAAUCCAUACUGGGGAGAAGCCCUAUUGGUGUAAUCAUUGUGGAAAAACCUUCUGUAGUAAGUCCAAUCUUUCCAAACAUCAGAGGGUCCACACUGGAGAGGGAGAAUGUGAUGAAUGUAGCAAGAGCUUUAAUAGAACUUCAGACCUUAUUCAACAUCAGAGAAUCCACACGGGGGAGAAACCCUACGAAUGUAGUGAGUGUGGGAAGGCCUUCAGCCAGAGCUCACACCUUAUUCAGCAUCAGAGAAUCCACACCGGAGAGAAACCUUACGAAUGUAAUGAUUGUGGGAAGACCUUUAGUUGUAGCUCUGCCCUCAUUCUGCAUCGGAGGAUCCAUACCGGGGAGAAGCCCUAUGAAUGUAACGAAUGUGGGAAAACCUUUAGCUGGAGCUCUACCCUCACUCAUCAUCAGAGAAUCCACACUGGAGAGAAACCGUAUGCUUGCAAUGAAUGUGGGAAGGCUUUUAGUAGGAGCUCCACCCUCAUCCAUCACCAGAGAAUCCACACUGGAGAGAAGCCCUAUGAAUGUAACGAGUGUGGGAAGGCCUUCAGCCAGAGCUCACACCUCUAUCAGCACCAGAGAAUCCACACUGGAGAGAAGCCCUAUGAAUGUAUGGAAUGUGGAGGAAAGUUUACCUAUAGUUCAGGCCUUAUUCAGCAUCAAAGAAUCCACACAGGGGAGAAUCCCUAUGAAUGUAGUGAGUGUGGGAAAGCCUUUAGGUAUAGCUCAGCCCUUGUUCGCCAUCAGAGAAUUCACACUGGAGAGAAGCCUUUGAAUGUGAUGGGAAUGAGCAAAAGUUCUCUCAGAGUUACUGCUGAAUUAAAUAUCCGAGAGUCUACAUGAAAGACAGCCACACACCUGUUUUCCUCACUUCCUCUGAGUCUAAAGAGCUCCUGCCUUACUAUAUGAGUAUGAAUAACUUAGAAUGUAUCCCUUCCGACUCAACCCUUUCACUUUAGAGAAUGGGGCAAACUGGGCAAAUCCUCCUGGCACAGUGAUGAAGCUACCUAGUCUGUUUCCCCAAGAAUGACAUCAGGUGGCGAGCGGCAGGUUAAGUGCUGCGAAUGAGAGGGAGGCUCUGGGACUUAUCACCUUCCAUUCUGGAAGGGAGUUUGCACUAGACCAUUUCUUUCACACCAGAGGAGCCUUUCUUUCCAAGGUGGGGAAUGGAAGCACAGUAGGAAUACAAUUCCAAGGAUUCCUGUAGUCGGAGUCAGUAUAGUCAGCACAGAAGGCAGUGGAAAGAAUGUUCUGAGUCCUAUUUGAUAAGAAGGGGAAAUGGAGGCUGUAUUUCAAAGCCACUGUUCCUAAUCCAGCUUUAAGUUUUGAUAAGGAAUGUGCUAUUUUUUUGUUGUCUCAUGACUUCAUUAAUUAUGGAAAAACUUGGUGCUGAGGGAUGUGUUAUUUUAUUGGGGGGGGGGAACCCCAAGAGGUUUUCUGUGGUAACUAUUUUGCAGGGCUCUUGGAGCAGCAAGCCCAGGUUUCCAAGAGCAGCAAGGCAGGCAGUUUUGUUGGAGAACUUGUACUUCCCUCCUGUGAUAGAUAUGGCUGCGAAAUCCAUCUGAAUACCAGUAAGUCUGACGGAGAGGAGCAGAAGCGUUUGCCAUUGGCCUGGUUUCCCUCCUGCUCUCUCCCUGUUCCUCUCCCCACUCCUGUGUUGGAAAGCGAUUUAAUCCAAACCCCCAGUUACUAGGAAUGCUUUUAUGGAGCUCACUCAGCCAGCUUGCCCUGCCCUCUGUCCCCUGUGACCUAUGACACCUGGCCCCAGCAGCCGGAUCCCUCCUGACCCCACUUCUGACUUCAGCAGCCAAGUAUGAAUGCAAAGAAAAAGCAAAGCCCAGAGAAGGGAGUCUCUGGCCUGACUGGGCCGCGUUGCUGGGUUAGGAUGGAGCUCCCGAGUUUCCCAGCUGAAGGGAUGAUCUUUGGUUCUGUCUUCCCAAUCCUGCUCAUCCUGUAGCAUAAAUGAAGUGCACUAUUAAACAGAAUAGUUUCUUAGAAGGAGAGAUUGAGUGUGUUUUUGUGCAGGAGCACAAAUUUAUUUCAGUUAAAAUAGGAAACAGUGACUAUAACUGGAAUCUUUAAAGAUGAAUCUUUAAAAUUUUUUACAGACAACUAUUUUUCUUUCAGUCACAAACACAUGACCUCUUUCUCUCAAGACUCCAGGUACUGCCACAGACUCCCAUUUACACAGCUGCUCCCAUCUCAUACCCACACGUCGGAUUUUGUGUGCCGUGUGCUCUUAAGACCAGCAACCAAAACUGGAAAGGUGUUACCGGGUGUGGGGCCCCUGACAAGUGUGUACAUUGUUGGGUAGCAAUGGGCAUAUGUAGACUUCUUGUUUGGGCGCUUGGUGGGAGGGUGUUCCAGUCACGAGAAGGAAGGUUGAAAUGAAAGUCUUAUGCAAAAGAUGAGGAAGUGUCUGGAACUGACCUCUAAAAAACUGGGGAGCAUAUAUUGUGAUCACCUAAUAUAUUUUUAAUUUCUUAAAGCUAUAAUGAAA